AUGUGGCCAGAGCUGUCAGAACCGCAUCCUGCAAUCCUGGAGUCAACACCUACAACCACUACAGAGAAGGCCCCAGAAUCUGAGAUUGUUUCACAGCCACAAGUCCUCAUUUGCCAAGCAGAGACAUGGCCCACAUUAAUACUUGACUGUGAUGAUAUUUCUGAUCAUUUGCAGUCCAAUUGGACUGAAAGUAGAUGCCUAUCAACCUCGAUCCCAGAGAAAGGGCGGCAGGCCCCUUCACCCCCACUAGACUUGCACCAGUCCUGCCAGCGGGCCGUCGUCUCGUACCCCGACCGGACUGGCGAACAGUUGGAGAAGGAGCUCCACGAUGGCCUUGAGGAGGUCAAGGAGCACUUCAAGGACCUCAAUGACCGCUUCACAAAGUACAUCAACAGCACUGUCCUCUGCCGCAACAAGCAGUUGCUGGCCGAGCUCAGCAAUGCUGAAAAGGACGAACCCGGCUGCUCCGAGGCCAUCUUCCAGAAGGUGAGGAACGACCUCAAGUGUCGGCUGGAAGAGCAGCAGAAGGAGCUCAGCUGCCUCAAGGCACACAAAGAAAAAUACAAAAAAAGAUUAGAAAAAGAAAUUCAAUUCAGAAAGGAAGCUGAAAAAGAUUAUGAAGAUUUAAGAAAGAAAACUGAUGAAACCAAUGUUGCGGUGGAUAAACUUCAAUGUAAGGUUAAGUUUAUGGAAAUACAGUUAUCUCAGUUAGAAGACAUACGUGAUCAGGAACGCAUUUAUUGGCCGAAGAAGGUAGAGCACAUACAAAGCCUUGAACAGAGAGACACACACAAGGCGGAUGUAGAACAAGCUCUUAAAGAGAUUCAUGCUGAACAUGAACAGCUUGCUAAGAGAAAUAAAGAGAAUAUGGACAAAUAUAAACAAAAGUUUGAGGAGGCCAGCACCAGGGCACUAGAGAAUGCCAAGAAGGAACUGGAAUGCUAUCAUAAAGAAAUGAAUGAGUUAAAGUUAAAAGAUGAACAAAUGAAGAACUCGCUGUUAGAAAAGGACAAAGAUAUAUUCAGACAGAGAGAAUGCAGUAAGGUAUUGGAGAAAAGGAUUGUCCAUCACACAAACAAGUAUCAGGAACUAUUAAAUGUAAAGACGCAGCUUGAACAAGAGAUUGCCACUCACAAAAAUGUACUGGGUCAAGUAGAACGGAAAGCAAGGGAUUACUCAUCUCAGCCAGCAAUAACUAAAAAAGAAGAGGCAAGAGAUACGAAUGACACCUGUGUAAUAACUUCAUCUGAUGAAGACAAGGAAUCUGAGGAGAAUGAAGAUUUGUAAGCCAUGGAUCAAGACUAAAGCUGGUCUGUUGAAAACAAAAUGACUGCAGAUCUGAGUCCCAUCUACUCAGUGUUCUCACCUAUAAGAAGAGAUCGAAACCUUAAACGUGUCACCAAAAAAAUUGACAUUAAUUCAGUAAAUGUGACUGAAAGAUCACUAAUUCUGCUUGUUUCACACAUGGAUUAUCUGGGAAAUAAAAUUUAAUGGAAUUAAAUUUUUUUUUUAAAAAAAGAAAGUGAGUCCAUACAUCAUAGAAUCAUUUCAGAGUAGUGGUGAAUGAAUACAUUUUGUUUCAGGAGCUUGAAGUUUGUAGGGUAAUUACUGUUCCUAAAUCUGGUGGUCUGAGAGCCAAGGCUUCUGUACCUCCUGCCUGAUGGUAGUA